AUGUCACCCGACAUUUUGGAAGGUAUUCUUGAUUGCAAACAACUGCUUUUGAGUAAAGCCCAAGUAUUGGUGAGAGCAGUCAAAGAUAGAUCAACAGUCAUGCGUACUCAAUUCUUAUCUGAACCCGAAGGAAACGGGACAAUUGAAAAUUAUUGGAAUCUUUAUGAUAAGCACACAUACAUGUCCGAGCAGCAAAAACAUCGGGUUGUACUUCAAUUGGUCGGAACCGAUUCAGUGGAUUGGGUUCCAUUCAAUGAGGAGCCUGAUCUGGCUCUUCCACCCAUGGUCAUCAUUCAAGCGAGCUUCAAUGAUCCCAAGGAUCCAGAUUGUGCUGUAAGGCUAAGAACAAAACCGGGCUACAAUGCCAUCAACAAUUAA